AAAAAAAAAAAAACAAAAAGAAAUACAAAUGAAGGCCUCGUCAGCGUCAACUGGCACUAGGACGGAAGCUCUUGCUUACCUCGAUGACUAUCUUGAUACUGUUGAGUCUCUUCCGCUAGAACUUCAACGCCAGUUUACAUUGAUGCAGGAUUUGGAUGCCAAAGCACAAUCGAUUAUGGCACAAGUUAGUGCGAAGGCAGCGGAAUUCAUUGAUAACGUUCAGGCAUGCACCCCACAAGAAAGAAUUCAAUUACUCAAAUCGUUAAACGAGAUGCUAGUUGAGAGCCUCAGGCAAGGCGAGGAGAAAGUCGCAUUGGCAACAGCAGCCUAUGAUGUUGUUGAUCGGCAUGUUAGACGUCUGGAUGAUGACUUACAGAAGUAUGAAGAUGAGCAGAUGAUUGGACCGGGACGCCUUGGCAAUACAAACUCUAUAACAGCUGGAGCAUCAACAGCAGAUCGUAAGGAUGAAUCGGCAAGUGCUGUAGUAGCAUCGACGGCCACAUCUAAUAAAAAGGGAGGAUCCUCGGCUGCACAAGAUACACCACCAUCAAAGAGGAAAAAGCAGGCCCAUAAUACUAAUAAUAGCAAUAACAAUGCAGCAACACCGGCACCAACAACGUCAGAGAAACGUAAAGGAGGAGCAGUAACAACGUCGAGUGGAUCCAAAGGAGCUAAGAAGACGACAUCAUUCACGUCGGAACUGCCGAUCGAUCCGAAUGAGCCUCUCUACUGCUAUUGUCAACAAGUUUCAUAUGGCGAAAUGGUCGCCUGUGACAAUGGAGAUUGCGAAAUCGAGUGGUUCCAUCUUUCUUGUGCAGGCCUUAAAGCGCCACCAAAAGGCAAAUGGUAUUGUAAGGACUGUUCACAGAAGUCAAAAAAGCCACAGAAGAAGUAAUCCGAGCUACGGUUGUGUUCUUGGCUGUAAGAGCACUCCAAUCCCAAUGUGUCUUUAUCUAUUGAUUGCCCGCUUUCAAAAAAAGGCAUAAUCUUUUUUUGUCUCCCUUUUUGGCGCUUUUGCCUAAUAAAGACAUGUAUAUUUUUUC